GUAUGUGGGACUGUCCACGACUGCGAACCGCGAGCCUAAUGUUAUUUUUAGGGCCCUACCGCACUGAAUAACUCUCCUGCACUCUUACACCCGACGAUCAAAUUCCGCGGGGUCGGAACCCGGUCAGAGCAGGAGGGUUCCCGUACUUUGGCCAGCUUCUGGCCCCGAUCCCUUAAACCCGCUCUCAAUAUUUGAAGAUGUCAAAAAAACUCUGAAUGUUAAGCACAGAUAGUUAUUUAUUCAAAUAGGCAACUCAAAUAGUUGAGUUUCAUUCCAAACUAUUUUCAUUCAAAGCUAAGGAAGUGUUUGUAUUUCUUUAUGUUACUUGAAAACUUUUAUUUCUUUCUUUAAUGGAUACACAGUUUGAAAUUUCCAUUCAUUUAUCAUUCUCUAUAAACUUUAUUACUUUAAUAAAUCUAAAGAAAAGAUCCCUUGAUAUUUCAAUUUGACAACAGCUAUAUUUCUAUUCUUGUCUUUUCUGUGAGGUUUUUUAACUGCACCGUAAGCCUACUAAAAAAAAAAUUGAACUUUAUUUUGUUGUGAAAAUUGAGGUUAGAUUUAGCUUCAAUUCAAAAUAAUUCAGCAAAUUGACACUAUGAAUUAGUAUGAAAUUAUGAAUUAACUUAAACGGGAACGAAAAAGAGACAAUGGCAUUAUUGGGGGCUCAGCUUGUAAUAACUUUGAUCAUGGUAUCAGUUAUACAGAAAUUGGGCAAUUAUUCGUUCGCGAAGUGGUUGCUGUGCUCUCAGGGCUUAUACCGGUAUUUGUAUCCGGACAAUAAUGAGUUGAAGAAUUUGGCUGGGGUUCCUAAAGAGAGAUCUAAGGGGAAAAAAGGCGGUAAAUAUGAGAGUAACGGUAAACCGGAGACAUUUCACGUGCCUAGAAGCUUGGAAAUCCAAUUGGAAACUGCACCGGUUACUGCGCUGGACGUGGUACAUUUGAGAUUCUACACAGAAUAUCUUUGGAUUGUUGAUUUUUCAUUGUAUACAGCCAUAGUAUACAUUAUGUCUGAGGUUUACACCUCAAUAUUUCCAUUAAAAGAUGAGUUCAAUUUGAGCAUGGUCUGGUGUCUACUCGUUAUUUUGUUUUCAAUUAAAAUCUUGUUAUCACUUACCAAACAAUAUUUCACAAGUGAUGAAUCAAUCGGUGAACGAUCAACAUGCAUUGUCGCAUUCUGCGUUUUCCUCCUCAUAGCCAUGAUGGUACUGAUCGUAGAUGAAAAAAACUUGGAAGUUGGUGUGGACCCUGCUUAUGACAGCUUUUUUGAAAAUGCUUCUAAGUUUCUCGAUAGUCAAGGCUUGAGUUCUGUUGGUCCAGCAUCCAAGCUUGUGAUAAAGUUUGCUUUUGCCGUGUGGGCUGCGAUCAUUGGUACCAUAUUUACAUUUCCGGGAUUCAGAGUUUCCAGAAUGCAUUGGGACUCACUGAGGUACUACGGAGAAAACAAAAUAAAGUAUUUGUUGCUAAAUUUUAAUUUUGCUCUGCCGUUCAUACUUGUACUGUUGUGGGUGCGUCCAAUUACGAGGCACUACCUCACAGCUCGAGUAUUCAGCGGGAUGGAGAAACCUUUAAUGACGUCGCAGGCCUUCGACACCCUGCGCAUCGUGCUGGUGGUGUGCACGGCGGCGCUGCGCGUGGCGCUGAUGCCGCGGCAGCUGCAGGCCUACCUGGACAUUGCACAGCGGAGGCUCGACGUGCAGAAGAAAGAGGCCGGCAGGAUAACCAAUAUCGAUUUACAGAAAAAGGUCGCCUCGGUGUUCUACUACCUGUGCGUGGUGGCGCUGCAGUACAUCUGCCCCGUGAUCAUGAUGCUGUACUUGGCCCUGAUGUACAAGACGCUGGGCGGCCACGCGUGGAGCAGCCUGCUGUACGAGGCGCCCCCCGCCGCGCCCCUCCCCGCGCCCCCCGCCGCACCCCCCGCCGCCCCCGCAGGCGCGGAGCAGUACCAGCUGGCCUGGGAAAACUUGAAGAUGGUGUUCACGACGGAGGUGUGUCGCGGAGUGCUGGGCUUCGCGACGUGGUGGUGCAGCUUCGCGUGGUUCGUGACCACCGCGCUGGGAGCCGCCUACCAGAGUUACUUCAGGAUCUCCUGAUGCUGAUGCUGCUAUCUGUAUUCGUUUUAAUUAUAUGUAGUUUUCUAGUCGAAGAUCAUUGUGGGACGUUACCCUGAUGUGGCCAAAGCAUGUGUUGUGAUUUUAAAGGCGAAUGUUGUGUUAACGUUAGCACUCCAAGGAAAUUUCUCGGUACAGCACCCUCAAUUAUGUUGUCUGUUUGACGAUAUCCGCAAGGAUCAGCCUUCACCCGGUUUUGACUUUGUAAUUAACUGUUCUUAUCUAAUAAUAUUACUUCAAAUUUGCAGUAGGUAGUACUUGAAGCCAUACUUACAAUAAAUAAAUAAUAAAAGACAUCAUUAGGUAUAAAGUUUGCUAAAACAUUUUACUGGAGCAAACUGAAUCUAAGAUAUAAGAAGGUUUUUAAAUGUAAAAUAAAAACAAAAUAUAACAAAUAAUUAUGCAUAAAAGUAUCUUGGUCAGUGGCCACUGAUGCUCAUGAACUUCACAAAUAUGAAUAGCCAACACAUCGUGGAUUCAGAGCUACUUUAAAAUAAUAACUAAUAAUAAUAACUUAUUAUUAUGAAUAUAAUUACCAACAAAGUUUGAGAAAUUUGCAUUUCAAUGUUAAUAGUAAUGUUAUUCAGAGCAUGUGACAAUUGGUGAUAUCGUAAAUAUAAAAAAUUGUACAUAUAUAUUUUGAUGUACAGCAAACUAAUUUUUCACAGGUUGGCUUUCUCUGGAAUGAUUUUUCAACAUUGAUUAUUAUAUCAUUUUAAGUUCUGAAAUAAUAGUAAGAUAUUAUUCUUAUGUAUGUACAUUAAAAAAAGUACCUUUAAUUUGAUUAUAGUUAUUAUAUUUAUGGAUUGUAAUGGUGUGAGUUUGAAUUCAAAUUUCUCGACAGAAAGUUCGGGUGUCAUGAGUACUGUUGACCUGUGUCAUGAAUAAUAUUACAAUGAAACAAUAGUUGAUAAUUUAUUCAAUGGGUUUUUUACUCGUUUAAAAUUAUGUUAAAAUCAAUGACAUCUUAAGAUUUAAAUCAGCUUUACAAAUUUAUAUACUGUGUUUUAAUUUUAAUAAAUAAUGUAAGACAAAUUACACCCAGUCAAGCGUCCUGUAGGGCUCCCUUUACUACGGGAACCGAUACAUACUUAUACUUUUUUUUUUUGCUUAGAUGGGUGGACGAGCUCACAGCCCACCAGGUGUUAAGUGGUUACUGGAGCCCAUAGACAUCUAUAACGUAAAUGCGCCACCCACCUUGAGAUAUAAGUUCUAAGAUCUCAAGUAUAGUUACAGUGGCUACCCCACCCUUCAAACCGAAACGCAUUACUACUUCACGGCAGAAACAGGCAGGGUGGUGGUACCUAUCCACGCGGACUCAUAAUAGGUCCUACCACCAGUAAAUACAUAUUUAUAUAAAUUAACCGGUUGCACACAGAGCGAACCAAUCUGUUCGUUCUAUUAUAAAAUUCAUGACAUAUCUAAAGAAUCCUGAAAUAUUAGCAACAUUAUCUACAUAAGUGUGAAUAAACCUCGGUGACCUUAAAAAUUACCAUUUUUGUAUUAUUUAUUUAUAAGUCACGUUAAAUUCGUAGGGGUACUACACGAAAUGGCAUUGAAAAAACAAUAUUAUUUAUAUUAUUAUUAUUAUUAUUAUUAGAUAACUUUUGUUAUGUUUGUGUAAGUUUGUGAUUUUUGUGUUAUGUUUAAACCUGUUUGUGUGCUACAUUAGUUUGUUAUUCUUAUGUGUUUCUAAUAUAAUGAGCUAUAACUAUGAUGUUAAUUACAAAUAGUCUCGCGACCUAUGGUGCUUAGACCCUUGUCUAGUGCGGCGUCUAGCUCUGUAGAUAACGUUAAUUUUACGUUAUUUACUUUCUGUUAAUCUAACGUAGAGUUAUUAUAAAAUUAUUGUAUAUUUGUAACUCUCUCUUCGUAGUGUAAAACUAAACUGAAAUUCAUAAAUAAUUAAUAGGUAUGAACUGAACUGUUCUAUUGACUAUGAAUGUAUGAAGUGUUUUGUCCUGGUGAAACUGGAAAGGCCUACGGGCCACCAGCAAUCCUUCAAUCAUAAAAAAAAAAUGAAGCGUUCUAUUGUUCCACUACUAAGCGGUCAUAGAAGAGUUUACUUUUUAAAACUGACUUUCGCAUUUAUAAUAUCAAAUAUUGUUUCGGCCGAAGUUGUACUAUGAAUUAAAAAAGCUAUGUAUUCAUUACUCUCAUUUUAAAUUUAAUUGAAAACAAAUCAUUUUAUUUAACUGUAAUUAUUAAGCGCAAUUAUUCGACCGGUUCUUUUCGCUAGUUUUACAUCUAACGCGUUCUUACGCGUCUUUAAUAAAAAUAGUCGCAGCAUCAAAUUAUUCUUAUCUAAUAAUUAUUAAGCGUAAUACAUGCGUAAAUAAUAUCAUUAUAAUUACUUUUCGGUAAAUAAUGAAUUGGUAUUUGAUGUAAUUCAAUUUGUUUUUUUGAUAUUAAUAGUUGUUAGUUGAAAAAUUACGAUUAUGAAAAUUUGUAUGGGAUUGUUGUAAUAAAUUAUCUGAAGCAAA